GAAGUAAGCAAAUGCAAUUUAAAAAGUAAAUUUGAGCAUUCUGUAUUAAAUCUGUGCAGCUAUCAUCACAUGAAGAAGCGCAGUGUGUCGGGCUGUAAUAUAACCAUACUUGCUGUUGUGUCCUCCCAUCUCAGUGCUGGGAACUCACCAUGUGGAAACCAAGCAAAUGUGUUGUGCAUCAGCCGGCUUGAGUUUGUUCAAUAUCAAAGCUGA